AUGCAGGGUCUUGAGCCAUCGGACCCCGGUGCGCUCGCUGACCUGCCCUCGACACUCCGAAGAGUGCUCGCCAGCCCAACGACGUCACCGCUCGGUCUCACUCAAGCCAUCGAUUCCCCCAGCAAACCCCGUCAUCCCCGUCGCAGAAUCAAAUUGAAAUCCACUUGCAAAAUGUUCUCUCCAGUAUCUCGAGCGAUUAUGCGCGUGGCCGCGUCCUUAAAGCUGGUGGCGACUCCUCCGGGCGUCCUGAUCGGGCUGUUCUCUGCCUUCGGCUCUGCUGCGGUCGCUUUGACGAUCUUGGCAAUCUUUUUUUUCUUCAAAUAUACCAAUCGUGGCCGGAUUAUGCUCGAUCGCAUUGGUCGACCGGGUGAGUUCGAUGAUGAACAGGCUUUCGCACGGGAGGAAGAGGCGGCUUUGGAGACCAUGGAUGAAUUGAGCCGGUCGGAAUAUUUGCGAGCAAAAGCUUUUGUACAAGGAAACCCCCCAGAAUCGAUGCAAACGGAUAUCUCUCUGUCACAGUUCCUCGCCAUCCAGGAGAAGGGCGUCUCAGCAUGGGAAUUCCAACCAGAGCUCGAGAUUGCGAAUUGCUUCGUGGAAGGGCGCACCGAGAUUGAGUUCUUUGAUGCUGAGUGCAGUGUCCAGACCAAUCUGCCUCUUCCUAAACAAAACGAGGUCUACUAUUGGGAGGCUAAGAUCUACGACAAACCUGAUUCUACGACCAUUGGGAUUGGCCUGACUACCAAGCCUUACCCUCUUUUCCGGAUGCCGGGCUUCCACAAAACCUCUGUCGCUUACCAGUCCACAGGUCACCGCCGCCACAACCAACCAUUUACACCAACUCCUUAUGGACCUCCCCUCCUCCAAGGCGAUGUGGUUGGGGUUGGCUACCGCCCCCGAUCCGGUACAAUUUUCUUCACACGUAAUGGAAAGAAGCUCGAAGAUGUGGUACAUAACUACCGCUCUCAAAACCUCUUCCCCACCAUCGGAGCUAAUGGCCCAUGCACCGUUCAUGUCAACUUUGGCCAAAUGGGGUUUGUUUUCAUUGAAGGCAAUGUCAAGAAGUGGGGGUUGGCCCCAAUGACAGGCAGCCUGGCUCCACCGCCGCCUUAUGGAAGCGAGCAAGGCAGCAUCCUGCUUGAAUCCGGACGCGAAAGUGCGGCCCAAAUCUCUCAGCGGGUUUAUCAAAGCCAUACGGCACGAAGCUCGAGUGUGGGGUUCCCCCCGGCAGUUAGCCCAGGCCCGAUUCGUUCUCCGACUGACAUAUCCCUUGCUCAGCUGGCCCACAUCCCCUCCCACGAAGAUGCAGGGGAGGGCUCUAGUCGCUUCGCAGCCGAUGGGGGUAUAUCAGGUACCGCUGCGCCGCCACCGGGAAUCCCUGACGAACAUGGGGUGCUUCCGCCCAAGUACUCAAGUCCAGGCAGCAGUCGCAGGGGUAGUGAUGCUUCUCUAGAAUUCCCAGCUUCAAGAGAGCCCCUCUCACCGACCAACGACGACGAAGCAGAAUCCCAGGCUCUGAAUUUGCCUAGCUACCAAGAUGCAUUGAAUCGAGAGUGGCAUGACGACUCUUGA